AUGACGACCCCUAUAAACCACAAGCUAACACCACAAGUCCAACAGUGGCUCCACCGUGUCAUCGCCCCUGUAAGUCAUCAUUUAUCAACCAAUCGCUCCUCCAUCCAUCCAUCCACCACCUGCAAGAAAAUCUAAUGCUUGGUCUGGGAUAAUAGGAGUACACAGAUCCACAGAGAGCUUAUAACGAUGUUGCUACAGCGUUGUUUAAUACCCCGUCUUUAUCACCUAGGACGGAGGUUUACAGUAUCAUUCCCCUUCCCCUUCCUCCCUCUGAUAUAUCCCAACCUCUGCUAAUACCUAGGGGAUACGGAAAGCCCACGAGGAUGGCCGCCCAGAGCUCCUCCUCCACCUCCAUGGGACGAUACCUGUCCUCUUCAGGGGCGCAAGCUACAACAUUCCGUUAACCAUCUGGCUACCGCAUACAUACCCCCGCCAACCCCCGAUGGCAUUCGUAACGCCAGCGAAGGACAUGCUCAUUCGUCCCGGGAACCACGUCGACCCCAGCGGCAGGUGUUAUCAUCCUUACUUGGCGAAUUGGAUCAAUUACUCUGAUGUAUGUACGCGAUUCAUUCAUUCAUUCCACAGCCUGUUUCUACUCGUUGGGGGGGGGGCUGACAGGGAUAGAGAUCGAAUAUUGUGGAUUUAUGUGAUGUUCUCAGGGGGGUGUUUGGUAGGGAACCGCCGGUUUACUCGAAGACUGCGCCGCCCGUGGUUAUGCCCGCUGAGGCAACACCUCCGCCUUUACCACCGCUACCGGAGGAGUUGGCGGGGAGGGUGGGGGGUUCGUCAACGCCUACGCCGGCGAGUGUUGGGACGCCGGUUGGCCCACCACCGUUGCCGCCGCUGCCGAGGGAGAUGAGGGGUGGGUUGCCAAGUCCAGGUGCGGGGGGGAGGUUUCCGGGUCAUCAAAGUCCCCCAUCUCUACCACUUCCUCCGGCGCCGCCGGUGCCCCCGCAUCCUAACGCCCAACACCAACAGCAGCAGAGGCCGCUACAACCGGGGGAGAAUACGAAUGGACAGGGAAGGGGUGCGCCGGGAGGGUAUAUUGGUGGAGGGCCGCCCCCUCGUCCAUUACCUCCGGUUUCACAUAGAGCAUCUGGAACUCCACAGCUUCAAGCUCCCCCAUAUAACCCACCAGGGAGCGCAGUCCCAUACCCUCCCCCUUCCUUCCGCCAAGCAAUAUCCGCCCCUCUUCUGCUGCCUCCUCACUCACCAGCACCCCACCCCCACCACCAGCAGCGCCCCCUACAAACCUCCCCACCACCACCGCCAAUUCAGACCUACCGCCAUCCACCCCAACACUACCACCCACCCACCCCCUUCCCACCACACACGCCUCAACCCCCACCCGCAGUAAAGCGCCCCGACCCAAUAGACAUAAUGUCCCUCCCCCCCUCUUCCCCCCCCACUCCAAAACCCGAUAACAACCCCCCCACCCCUUCCGCCAAACCCCGAAACCGCCUUCCUCCUCACCAAAAUCUCCACAUCCCUCCACACCCUCGCCACUGCCUCCCAUACCAACCUAACAACCGCGACCCUCCCGCAAGCGACAACCCAGCGCGACUCCCUAACCCGUGCCCAAUCACACAUGACCCAAGAGCUCCAAGACCUCGCCCGCCUCCACGCCCUCUGCACCCAGGAUGGCGAAAUACUCAAAGAGCGCAUCGCUGCUGCUGAAGGCGUCAUCCACGACGCGGAGAAUAGAGAGGUGCCUGGUGUUGACGCGGUUGUUGUGGGACUCACGGUUGUGCAUGCGCAAUUGUAUGAGCUUAUCACGGAGGAUAGGGCUAUCGAGGAUACGAUAUAUGUACUUGGUAAGGCGUUGGACAGGGAGAGGAUUUCUUUGGAGGUUUUUUUGAAGGUAUUUCUUCUUCCCUCCUUGUGUUUGGUUGGUUGGAGUGGCGCUAAUGGGCGGGACAUGGAACAGCAUACGAGGACCUUGGCUAGAGAGCAGUUCUUGUUGAGGGCGCUAGUGAAGAAGAUUAUUGGGCAGAUUGGGAUCGAGGAAUAAGUUAGGUAUCAUAGGGGUUUGUUCUAGUGGGUGGAUGUACAGUAUAUAGCUAGCGCUCCGAGUAUUGAAGAUGCAUACAGUUACAGGUGCACGAUUCGGGCGCGCCAUAAAAGGUUACCGCUUGAAUCUCGAAUGCAUGUGGGGAAUUGGGUAUGUGGGCAGGAAAGCCCGAGUGAGAUUUCAUGCUCAACUUUUACACUCGCUUCGCUGGGCUACAAGUACUGUGGGUUGCUUGAUCAAUCGUGGCAUGAAUAUGCAUGCUAUUAAACACAGCGUAUAUCAACUUGUAAAAA